AUGCAUUUCUCCCUUUCUUAUUAUCGGGAUGCCGGUCAAUUACCAGGGCCUCUUCCUGAUCAGAAUGAGAUUGAACGGGCAACACAAAUCCUCCCCAAGAGAUCAGAUUACGGUGGGCGCCUAGUCGUUAUCAGAGAGAACUAUGUUGUGAAAUAUGGCCCGCUCGUGACCGAAAACAAGGGAUAUACUCUACUUUUUGUUGAAAAACGGCUUAACAUCGCAGCGCCACGACUUUACGCCAUGUACUGCGAUCGGGACAUCCUGUAUAUCGUCAUGGAAUACAUCCCAGCAUUUCUCUAG